AUGGCGCUCCACGUCUACCUCCGACUCCUCCGCAUCCUCGUCUCUCUCUCCUUCCUCGCAACGCUAGCCUCACUCGUCGGCGCGCAGCCUCAGCAGCGCGGCAUAGUGGAUCUGAAGACCAUUCCCGAGAACUCCGUGUCGUCAUGGUCGCUGCAGGGCCCGCCAGCGCUGCGCAAGGAGAGCACUCCGGGGCAGUUCAAGCUGGUGGGACCUGUCGUUAUCAACGUGCUUAAGGUCAUCCGCCCGCAGUUCACGCCCAUCCAGGCUGAGUGGUUGUCCUCCAACCUGACUUCGGAUCCUGCCACGUGGACAGCUUCCAUAGGUCCACCUUCAGGCGCCAACGAGUUCGCAAACCUGACCUUCCAGAAUCCCGUCGUACAGAUUUGGGGUGGGCGGUUUGACAUUGACAACACCACGAGCGACUAUUCCUUCAAGCCCAACAACACGAGGCUGGUCUUCUCCCGCGUGUCAGGCACGCUGCUGCGUUCCAACGUGGACAAGCAGAAUGUGGUGAUCACGCUCCCUGCAGGAAACAUCCCAACAUUGAAUGGAAAAUUCAUCCGAAGGGGCCCUGUCUUUGAGCUCAUUUCUGGUGGCGAGCUUGACAUUCCACUCCGUGCACUGGUUGUUGCUCUCGGUGUGGAACCCGGUCCUCCUCCUCCUGGCCCCAAUUUCCCUGAUGAGGUAAUCAUGCGAUUCAACCUCAGCCUGCAAGCCAUUGGCCGGCAGCCUCCCCGAACCAUUGGAGAGCGUCCCGCACCUGCUGGUCCGGGGAGGGAGCCUCCCCCUCUGGCUGGUAAACCGCCACGUGUCAUGCGCGGAUUGGUGGACCUCAACGCGAUUCCUGACAACUCCGUGUCGUCGUGGUCGCUGGAGGGGCCGCCUGGGUUGAGGAAGGAGAGCACUCCGGGGCAAUUCAAGCUGGUGGGGCCUGUCGUUAUCAACGUGCUGAGGGUCAUCCGGCCGCAGUUUACUCCCAUCUUUGCGGAAUGGCUCUCUUCCAACUUCUCAUCAGACCCUGCCACGUGGACAGCCUUCAUCGCGCCACCCGCAGGGCCCACCGAGUUUGCAAAUCUCACCUUUGAGAAUCCCCUGGUGCAGAUCUGGGGCGGGCGCUUCCCCAUCGACAACACCACAAGCGACUACUCGUUCCAGCCCAACAACACCAAGCUGCUCUUCUCCCGCGUCUAUGGCUCGCUCUUCCGCUCCAACGUGGACCAGCAGAACGUCGAACUCACCAUUCCCAAGGCCGACGCGCCCACUCUCGUUGGGAAAUUCAUUCGCCGCGGGAAGAUAUUUGAGCUGCUCUCAGGAGGAUCCUUCGACGUGCCUCUCCGUGCAGUGAUCGAGGCUCUUGGGGGCACCACACUCCCAGGCCCCACCCCUCCCGGAGCACCAGCAGUAAUGCGGGUGAAUCUGAACCUGCAGGGGAUUGGCCAGCAGCCUCCAAGCGCCCUCCGCCCCUACCCUGCCCCGUCUGCUCCUGGCAUGGAACCUCCUCCUCUGGCUGGUGUGCCCUCUGGUGCUCCUGCCCCUCCUCGCUGCGCACCUAAGCCUGCUGCUGCGCCUACUCCUGCACCUGCUCCUACUCCUGCCUCAACCCCUGCGCCCACCCCUGCUCCCACUCCUGCUCCCACUCCUGCGCCCACUCCUGCUCCCACUCCUGCUCCCACUCCUGCUCCUACUCCUGCUCCCACUCCUGCGCCCACCCCUGCUCCCACUCCUGCUUCCACUCCUGCUCCUACCCCUGCGCCUGCCCCUGCACCUACACCUGCUGCUGGAGGGAAGGCCCCUCCCCCUCCUCCAGGGGCUGCUGCUGGUGGAGGUAUCGGCGGUGCUCCCGGGGCUGCUCCCGGGGCUGCUCCCGGUGCUGCUCCCGGCCAAGCUCCCGGUGCUGCCCCCGGCCAAGCUCCCAGUGCUGCCCCCGGCCAAGCUCCCGGUGCUGCCCCCGGCCAAGCUCCCGGCCAAGCCCCCGGCCAAGCUCCCGGUGCUGCUCCCGGCCAAGCUCCCGGCCAAGCUCCCGGUGCUGCUCCCGGCCAAGCUCCCGGUGCUGGCCCCGGCCAAGCUCCUGGUGCUGCUCCCGGCCAAGCUCCCGGUGCUGCUCCCGGGGCUGCUCCCGGUGCUGCUCCCGGUGCUGCUCCCGGGGCUGCUCCCGGUGCUGCUCCCGGUGCUGCUCCUGGUGCUGCUCCCGGGGCUGCACCCGGUGCUGCUCCCGGGGCUGCACCCGGUGCUGCUCCCGGGGCUGCUCCUGGUGCUGCUCCCGGGGCUGCUCCCGGUACUGCUCCCGGGGCUGCUCCCGGUACUGCUCCAGGCCGUGCUCCUGGGGCCGCUCCCGGAGCUGCACCUGGCCGUGCCCCCGGUGCUGCCCCCGGUGCUGCUCCUGGUCGUGCUCCCGGUGCUGCUCCCCAAGCCUAG